UCUUAUGACCAUGGAAGGUUGGAAAAGAAAGAGAAGAUCAAGAUGUAUUUUGCAUGUUCUUUGCCUGUAUAUUCUGUGUCAGAUUUCUCCUUGUCUGGCUGUGACAAGAGAUGUACCAAUACAAUGUGUGACAGAGGAGGAUAAGAUGAACAAUGCCAGACUGAACAUUGUCUACACGUCCGGCAGUGUCCCUAAUAAUGACUUGUACAGCAUUGUCUUGUAUUACCAGACUGAAGAAUGCUACAAGUGCCCUCUAAUGAAAAAAGUGGUUAUUUCAAAUAACUCUACAUGUAAUAUUUUGAUUGACUCAAGAUGGAAAGCAAGAAUAGAAAUACGACCCAACAACACACGUUUUGUUAAACAAGACGAAUCCUGCUUAGCUGGAAACUUAACCAGAAAGCUUCAUGAGUACGGGGAAUAUGAUCUGUAUGUUGCAUACAGCCCCUCCAGCAUAGGAAAAGAAAUUAAUGGCUCAAUUAAAUGCAAACCCCUGGUACUGACAAACAUGCCAGAUGAUUCCUACAUUCCAAUAUAUGUCGCCAUUGGAUGUUUUGCUGGUGUAUCUAUGAUUAUAGCAAUUGGAAAACUUCUAUACAAGAAAAGAUGGUACUGUUUGAACAGACUGUUUUUGACAACUGGAAAUGAAAGCCUUAUAAACCCAAAAAAGUCUGAGUUAGCAGACGAGCGUCCCGUGUCCCCAAUCAAACCCACCCCACGCACAAGUCUUAGGCAGCGUAAGGCCACUAAAAAGCAGACACGAUCUGCUGAUAAAUCUGUUGGGGACUCGGGAGCCUACACAUCAGAAGAUCUGGGUGUGAUGCAGACGACAAUAAACCCAGCAGACGAACAAGACAACAGACCAAAGAAAGAAAGGCUCAAGUCACUAGAUACAUUCAGAGGGAUUAGUAUAAUCGUUAUGAUAUUUGUUAAUUACGGCGGGGGAGGAUAUUGGUUUUUCCGUCAUAGUCGAUGGAAUGGUUUGACCUUUGCUGACCUCGUGUUUCCAUGGUUUAUAUGGAUUAUGGGCACAGCAAUGGUGUACUCAUUUACAGGACUGUUAAGGAGGGUCACCCCAAAACACAAAAUUUUCUGGAAAAUAUUUAAGAGGAGCUGCAUUCUGUUUGUGCUGGGUUUACUGAUUAACACAGGAGGAUGUGAGGCUACUGCUCUUACUAAGCUGAGAAUUCCCGGUGUACUACAGAGGUUUGCUGGUACAUACUUUGUUGUGGCAUCCAUUCACAUGUUUUUUGCCAAAACUGUGGAUGUUAGCAUGUACACUUACUGGGGUUUUAUCCGAGACAUUGUGGAUUAUUGGUUGGAGUGGAUAUUUUACGUUGUCUUUGUGACGGCUCACAUUGUGUUUACCUUCGUGUUAGAUGUACCAGGAUGUCCCAAAGGCUAUCUAGGACCUGGUGGUCUACAUGAGAAUGGAACAUAUCAGAACUGUACAGGUGGUGCUGCAGGCUACAUUGACAGAAAAGUGUUUGGGGACAGUCACAUCUACCAAAGCCCCACAUGCAAGGAGAUAUACAAAACCAAAGUGCCUUAUGACCCAGAGGGACUUCUAGGAACUCUGAAUUCCAUAUUUUUGUGUUUUUUAGGAUUACAAGCUGGUAAAAUUUUAAUGACAUAUAAGGAGCCAGCAGCCCGAGUUAAAAGAUUUAUAAUUUGGGGUGUAAUUCUGUGUUUAAUUGCCGGUGCUUUAUGUGAAUUUAAAAAAGAUGGAGGAGCAAUUCCAAUCAAUAAAAAUUUAUGGUCAUUGUCUUUUGUUCUGUGCAUGGCAGGAUUUGCCUUUUUCUUGUUAGCCUUUUGUUAUCUUACAAUAGAUGUUUAUAAAGUGUGGAGUGGUGCUCCCUUUUAUUUCCCAGGUAUGAACCCUAUUCUGUUGUACAUGGCACAUGAGGUUUUACAUCGUCAUUUCCCUAUCAGCUGGAGUGUGUCCUCCGAACAUUUCCCGCUACUUUUCAUGGACUUAUGGGGCACAGUAUUCUUUGUCCUCGUAGCAAUCGUUUUGUACAUGAAGAAACUGUUUUUCUCUGUUUGAUGUGCAUGUAUUUGUCAUUGCUCAUUUAGGUCUACUGUUUAUGCAUUGCUCACAUGGGAAUCAGAUACCAUUUGUUUGUGCCAAAUAUGGGGGAUAAAAUCAGAGCUGUGUAUGUAUUGAAAAUGCCAGAAUAUUUUAGCUAGGUAAACCAUAUACAUGUAUAUACACGCUCUGUGAAAACAACAUUAAAUAUGACAUUUGAGAAUUUGAGGCAAAACUACUAGUAUUUAUAUCCUCUUGAUUUCCUUUUAAUGGAAACUUGUCCAUUUUUGUUGUCAUCACACUAAACUUUUCACAUUUUCAUCUUCUUGUCAGGAAUAAUUUGGCAAAUUUCAAUUGAACUUGGCACAGAAUAACCUUGGAUUUUAAGUUUUUACAAAUAAAGGGCCAUGCCCAUUUCCAAGUGGAGAUAAGUAAGAAAUAUUGAAUAUUGAGUGGGGUAAUUUAAUUUUUUUUUCUCAAGAAUCACUGAGCCAGAAAAGUUUAAAAGUUUGUUUGCAAACUUUUUCUAACUAAAAAAUAGAUUCUAAUUUGUUCAAAUCAUGUCCCCAAGGGGUAGUUUGGGGCCACAAUGGGGACUCAAAGUUUUACCAAAGAAUUCUUCAGAAUUGCAAAGCAAUAACAGUCUUGUAAUAUCUACUUGUAUUUUAGAAGCAUCCUUGUUCAAAUCAUGACACAUGAAGGUAGGAAGGGGGUCACAAUAUAAUCUCUUAAUUUAACUUAGAAAUACUUCGGGAAAAUUCUGUUGAUAAUAAAAAAACAGAAGCACCAUAGUUACACAGGUGAGUGUGGUGACCCAAGGGCUUGUUUUAAGAUGAAAUCAAGAAAUCAAUUCAAUAUGACAAAGCCUUUCUAGUUUGGCUUUGGAGCUGUAAAUGUCUUUCUUUUACACGUACUUGCAAAGUAACUUAAAUAUCUAGAAAGUCCAUCUUGCCAGUGUCCAUGCAGAAGAUAAUGCGAUGAUAUGAAUAGUUUGGUUAAUUUUCUAGUGUAUCUUUAAUCUUUAGACGCGAAUAAUUUACUGCAAUUUUACCCAGUAUUUUCAUAUUCACCAUUUUCAUAUGAUUUUGGAGAAUGUUUCUCCUUCAGUUAAGUUUUUGAAGUAGUUAUAUUGAUAUAUAUACUCUAAUAUAGCAGCUAUAAUAAAUGUAUGAAACGAAAAAAAAAACUUUCAAUUUUGUUUUAUUAAUCAUGGGUUGUAUUUAUGUUAGAUGAAGUAUGAUUUAUUGUACAGUGCAAUAUGGAACAAUAAUAAAAUGUUUACAUGAA